AUGAUUGAGAGUGUAUCACGUCGCGCAUUCAGUAGUUCAAGUGGUACAUACAACGUGCGCGCAUCGGAACUGGCGCGAGAACGUAAACUUAACAUCUUCAAUGUCACCGUGCAUUUUUUGGACGAUACCCAGCAAUCUUUUCAAAUCGAGAAAAAAGCUAAGGGCAGUGUCCUGCUUGAACUUGUGUUUCAACAUUUGGAGUUAGUUGAAAAGGAUUACUUUGGACUGCAAUUCACAGAAAAUGGUUCACCUCCCAGUGCAACAAACACCGAGAUAACGCGCUGGCUAGACAGUAGUAAGUCUGUGAAAAAACAAGUUGGUGCCAAUGCACAGUUUUGGCUCGCUGUUCGGUUCUAUCCACCAGAGCCAAGCCGCCUAUCUGAAGAGUUCACUCGUUAUCUGCUCUGUCUUCAGCUGCGGAAACUUCUCCUUGACGGUAGAAUGACUGCACCCAAGAACACUGCCUUAUUACUUGCAUCCUUUACUGUACAAGCGGAGCUGGGCGACUACAACGCGGCGGAGCACGGCGGCGGCUACCUGCCCGAGCUGGUGCUGUGCGGGCGGCGCUGCGCCGAGGACGAGCGGCGCGUGCGCGAGCUGCACAAGCUGCACCGCGGCCAGGCGCCCGCCGACGCGGAGGCCAACUUCCUCGAGCACGCGAAGCGGCUCGACUGCUACGGCGUCGAGUCGCACCCCGCCAAGGACUACAACGGAAAGGACAUAUUCAUCGGCGUGACGUCGAUCGGCAUAGUCGUGUUCCAGAACAACAUUCGCGUAAACACGUUUUCUUGGAGUAAAAUCGUGAAGAUUUCUUUCAAGAAGAAACAGUUUUUCAUCCAGUUGAAACGCGAGCCUUCGGAGUCGUACGACACGGUGCUCGGCUUCAACAUGCGGUCGGGGCGCGCCGCUAAAGCGCUGUGGCGCUGCAGCGUGGAGCGGCACGGCUUCUUCCGGCUGCGCGCGCCGCGGCGGCGGCCGCUGCUCGGGGCGCUGGGCGCGCUGGCGGGGCUGCAGCCGCCGUCCGUGCCGCGCACCGAGACGCAGGCGCUGGAGGACGCGCGCCGCGACCGCUCCGCCAGCCGAGCCUUCUCGAGACGCAGCAGCUCCCGCACGCGUGACCGCUCAGCGGGCGCGUGCGCAGCCUCGCCCGCGCUCGGCGCGAAUGGCGCGCGCGGCUCCCGCGUCACGCACGACGAGCCGCCGCCGCGCCCCGCCUGGGGCGACGCCACGCCGCCCGAGCAAGAGGUGGGCCUCCUGGAGAGCGUGCUGCGCGUGCCGCUGUCGUACGCGGACGAGUCGGAGUCGUCGGAGUGCGCGGAGGGCGAGGUGGCGGUGCGGCUCGCGGCCGGCGCGGACGGCCGGUUCGGGUUCAACGUGCGCGGCGGCGGCGGCGCGCCGGUGCUGGUGUCGCGCGUCGCGCCGCGCACGCGCUCGCUGCUGCAGGAGGGCGACCAGGUGAUAUCAAUAAACGACAACGAUGUAGAGGAAAUGACACACGACGAAGUUGUACAGCUGAUUAGGAAUACGAAAGGAGUUCUUACAUUAGUCGUCAAACCCAAUGCGGUGUACUCGGCGGAGGAGGGCGGGUGCGCGGAGGAGCCGGAGGUGUGCUUCGUGCCGCUGGGCGGGUGCGGCGCGCCGGGCCAGGCGGGCGAGCAGUCGCUGCUGCUGCUGGGCGACGGGCUGGCGUCGGGCGCGGCGCUGCGCCAGUACGAGGCGCUCGUGCGCCGCCUCGAGCUGCCCGCGGCCGCCGCGCGCCGCCCCGCCAACCUCGCCAAGAACAGAUACCGGGACAUCGCGCCCUAUGACGCCACGCGUGUGGUACUAAAAAACGGACCUACGGGCGAUUACAUCAAUGCCUCAUACAUCAAUAUGGAAAUACCAAACUCCGAUAACAUCCUGACUUAUAUUGCAACACAAGGUCCGCUAGCUUCAACGGUGGGGGACUUCUGGCAAAUGGUCUGGGAGAGCGAGAGCAGUCUCAUAGUGAUGUUAACAGUGCUGGUGGAAAGAGGCAGAGCAAAGUGCCACCAAUACUGGCCCAAAGUUGGCACGACGCCCCUCAAGGCCACGGACUCCUUAACUAUACUCACCAAUAGCGAGCAAAACCAUGGCCAUUACAUUAGGAGAGAAAUGACAAUUAAGGAGACCGGCGGCGCUUCCCGCAACGUGACGCAGCUGCAGUACACGGCGUGGCCGGACCACGGUGUGCCAGAGGACCCGGCCGCCUUCGUUAGCUUCACGCAGCUCUGCUCCAAGCUGAGGAACCAGCGGGCAGGGCCGGCGGGGGGCGAGGAGUGCUUAGAGUGCGAGCGCUCGCUGUGCCCGCCGACGGUGGUGCACUGCUCGGCGGGCGUGGGCCGCACGGGCGCGCUGGUGCUGGCCGAGACGGCGCUGCGGCUGCUCGCGCUGCGCCAGCCGCUCUACCCGCUCGACCUGGUGCGCGCCAUGCGCCAGCAACGGCCCAUGUGCAUACAGAACGCCAGCCAGUAUAAGUUCGUCUGCGAGAGCAUACAAAUGGCGUACGCUCAGGGCCUGACGAAAGCCGACGGGGAGAACAAC